GGACCACCCUUCUUAAGUAGUACCCAUUUUUGUCCCAUGUGCUAACGAUUCUGCUAUCUUGCUGCCUUCAGAAAAACGAAUAAUAUUAUCAGCGAUUGUGACAUCGACCUUUAUUAGGAGAGUGGCACCACUGUGAAGGGUGUGUGUUUGAGCGAGUCGUUGAUAUAUUGACGAAAUGGCAUCUCCCGUCUCUCCGCUCGCCUCUACAGAAGCUGAAGAAGAUUUCCCAGAUGACAAUAUCCCAGAUGAAGCUCUUGUGGAACCUUCUGAAAAGUCAUUAUCUGCUGCUUUGAGAGCUAGGAUUGAACGCAACCGACAGAGAGCGCUGAUGCUUAGACAAGCCCGACUGAACAGUAAACCCUACUCAAAACCCAAUGGCCAGAGUAUAAUGAAGGUUUGCAACAGUGAAAUCGAUACUGGAGCAGGAUUUUUCUUAGAUGAAGACCAAGAAAGAGAUCUGAAGAACCAGAAAGUGAUUUACGAUGAAGCUCCUUCUUUACUAAUUGGUUCCUGUAACUGUGAAAAUUGUGACCAAAAGUUUACAGAGUCUUAUUUGCUGAAGAACUUUGAAUGUUUUGUCUGCGAUUCUUGCCGGGAAGAAAACGAUGAAACAUACAACCUAAUUACUAAAACGGAUGCAAAGACGAAAUAUUUACUUAACGAUGUCGAUCUGGACAAACGAGAACCAAAGCUGAAAUUCAUUGUAAGAAAGAACCCACACAACCCAAGAUGGGGUGAUAUGAAAUUAUAUUUAGAGUCUCAGGUGAAGCGUCGAGCCAUUGUUGUCUGGGAAUCAGAAGAAAAGAUUGAAGCAGCUAAAGAAGCUAAAACAGAGAAAAGAGCAAACAUGAAGAAGAAAAAGUUUAACAAGAAAAUGAAAGAACUGAGAAUGUCAGUGCGGAGCAGUUUGUGGCAGAAACAGACUUCAACACAUCAGCAUAGUUAUGGCGAAGAGAGUUAUGACGAAGAAGAAGACAUGUAUUCAAAGACUUGCACAACUUGUGGAAAUGUCAUGACAUAUGAGAAGAUGUAACAAGGGCACUUAUGUAUCAGGGUCCAGAGAUAUAGUUAGGGCCAUUACUGUCACUGAAGCAUUAAUGGAUCUAGACUUGUAAUAAAGUCAAACUGUGUAACAAAGUCAAGGGGUCAAAGUUGAGAUGAAAAGCAAGUGAAUGAAAUAACUGUGUCAAUGAUACAAUGAGACAAAUAAUGUAAUAGCAUUCACUACUUAAGCAGUCUAGUGACAUGAUAACGAUAAUGAUAUAAAGCAUGUACUGGCGUAACCCCUUGAUAUGAAUAGUUUAAUUAAAUCUGGUGUGACUGGAUUAACGGUGUAAUUAGACCAAUGAUGAGAUGACAUUUGAAAUAUAUCUUCUUCCAUCAAUUCUUGUUUAUUUGGUCAUAAAAAAUUGUUUUUCUUCUUUCUUUGUUUUGCAUUUUGUAAGGCUGGGUGAGAUUUUUUAUAAUGUCUUGUAGACGUAAUUCUUAAAUAAAGUUAUUUUUUUAGAAUACUUUACCAUUUGUGUAACUUCAAAAUGUUACUGUUAAUAUUUUGAUACGACAAUAUUAGGUUGUAAGCUUGUUGAAUCAUUAAUAUGCUGGAUGAAAUGUUUCACAGCAUUUCUUUGGCUUUAUAUUCUGAGUUCAAAUGCUGCUGAGAUCAGCUUUGCCUUUCAUCCUUUUGGGGUCAAUAAAAUAAAUAUCAACUGAACACUGGGGCUGGAUGUAAUCAACUUGCUCCCUCCCCUAAAAUUUCAGGCCUUGUGCCUCUAGUAGAAAAGUAGGAGGGAUUUCAAUACAUCAUUAUUUUUCAUAAUAUCUCGUGGUCAAAUUAGCUGUUUUUCCAAAGUUUCUUCUCUCAUUUUAAUCGUAAUCAUUUCAACUCCGCAAAAUAAUGAAACACUUGUUAAAUUCAUAGUUGUGAAGCUUCCACUGCCUACCAAUAACAAACUCUAUUUUAUCUUGAGACCUUGUUUUAGGGGAAAAAAACCCAAAAAACCUCUCCAUUCAGAAAAUUAGUCAUAUCUUAGCUGCAAAUACAUUUUGCAACUCUAAAUCCUGAUCUCUUUCUUUGUCAUUUGUAUCUAUAUGUUAUCUAGAUUUUUCUCUUUUGUUUUUCCAUCUUUCGUAAUGCCAGCUUGGGUCACUCAGAGAUUCAGCGUUGCUAGAAGACAAACCUUUUUAACAGUGCUAUUUUGGGAACCUUCAAAAUAUCCAAAAUUCUCUGUAAUUAAAUAAAAUAUCAAACUUAUAGGAGAGGGUAUUGCUGUUGUUGUUGCGCAGCCUUGCUCCAGCAUCUGGUUCCAUCUUUGGCGAUCUGUCUUUUAUUAGAUCCAAUGACUCUUCCUUUUUUUAAGAUAGUAGGAUGGGGUUUGAAUCAGGAGAUUUGACUGCUAUUUCUAGCAGGAUGAGUUACUACAUAGAGGCUCUCUCUCAUUAUCUCAGCGUUGCAGUUGUUGGAUAUGUUAUUUCAAUUAUUUUCUGAAUCAGAUCAAGUAUAUCAAGGCUAUGCUACAAAUGAUUCUGCUUAAUCUGUUGGAAGUCAAUGAUUUCAAGAAGAGAGAGAGAGAGGGGGGAAUAAUUCCAGAGGGUUGGUGUUAUAAGGAAGAAGGACAGAAUGAAGUAGUUAGUGCAGUGACCUUGGAGUUAGAUACAGUAUAGGUAAUGGGAGGAGGAGAGAAUAGUGAAUUAGGUGUGCUUAAUAAAUGUCUUCUUUUUUUUUUAUAAGUUAGGAGCUGAGCCUAUCCAUUAGACUACUAUUCAGGUAAUAUAGUUCGUAGAUCAAAGGGACGCAACGUAUCAAGUGUGAGAAAUUAUGUACCACAAGGAACAUCAGGCCAAGAAACUCAGCCCUUCACAUUGCAGUAAAUCGCCAAGUGUUGACAGUCCUUGUCCUGUAUCGUUAACGAAGAUGUGCAAGGGAGAUAACUCGCUACUCGUAAAGAAUCCUAAAACGUUAGAAUAUCACACUAAACAUAACCCAUUUUAAGCGAAAAGGCUGAGAAGGUUGGAGUGUGUCGGUGUGUGACUUUAUGCUAGUUGAUUGUCCUUUCUCUGGAUACUAUCUGGAAUGUUUGGUUUACUGUUUUAGAUGUGAGUUUUACCUGAUCUUUUUGAGAGGCAAUAAUGUGUGGGAAGGGCAAGAUUAGUGACGCAGGAUCUAUUUAAAAAAAACAACACUCAUUAAUUAGAAAACCUGAAAUACAUUUAAAUAUCACAAAGCAUCAUUGUGGGGCUAACUAAGAAUGUCAAGAAUGAAACACAUUUUUUCUUUACUAUUGAUGUACAGCAUAAUAGCUUAGGAAGAAUGUGUUUACCAUUUUUUCUCCAGCAUACAAGUUGAUGUAGUAUAUAAUAUAAAUAUUCAGACAUCUUCACUAUCUUUCCAAAUUCUUUCAAAUGGAAUGUUUGACUCUCCAAAACCAUCUUGGUACAUUAGUCAACCUACCUUUUUUAAUUGUAAAUUUUGGUCUGAAAAAUUUGACUUGUCUGCUAGAAAAUAUGGUAUGUAUUUUUUUUUUUAUCCACUGUGAAGUUUUGUUGUGUAUAAAUUUAUGUCAAAUGACUACACAGGAUAUUUUUUUUUAUUUGAAAAAAUUCAGAUCUUUGGUUUUUCUCAAUGUUGUUUACACUUUUCAUAUCUUUCACAAGCAACAUCUCAGUAACACUAUUUUCUUCCAGCAUACAAGUUGAAUUUUUCAGAUGGAAAUUUAUAGCAAAAAAUAAGUUGGUUGAUUUACUCACCAACAUGACUUUGGAGGAUCUAAAAUUCCACAUGAAAUGCAACAGGAUUUGGAAAUCUAGUGAUAAUGUUUGAAUGUUUAUACUAUGUCAUCCUGUAUGCUGGAAAACACAGUUAAAUCACUUUUCUAGACAUACUUGGAUUAAUUUGUAGCAUAUU